AUGGCUUCAAACGACUCUCCACUGGCAUCCUGGGAGACUUUCGCUCCUUCUUGGGAUGAAGGCAUGGGAGAUGAAGGAAAUGAGUAUUUCCGCUUUCUAGAACUUCCCAUCUUGGAGAAGCUGCUCAAUCAACUAGAAGGAUGUCGUGCUAUCGACCUUGCAACGGGAAACGGUCUUGUGGCUCGCUGGUUGGCCCAGAAAGCUGCUUCUGUCAUCGCAACCGACGGCGCAGUGUCGAUGAUAGACCAUGCAAAGGCACGAACGGACACUUCCCAGUAUGGGGGCAAGAUAUCCUUCCAUCGCCUCGAUGUCACAAGCCAGUCAUCUUGGGAUAGUUUCAUGGCGAGCGAUGAUGGCGGAUUCGAUGUGAUCGCCAUGAAUAUGGCUCUCAUGGACAUUCAGGAUCUGGAGCCAUUGGCAAGAUCUCUGAGACGACUGCUCAAACCGAACGGCUGCUUCGUUGCUACUCUGCUUCAUCCGCUAUUUUUCACCUCCGGAGCAGCUCGACAGAUCGUCGUCCACGAGUCACCAGAGACAGGUCAGCGAAUCGUCGACCGCUCCAUUGUGAUGCGAAAAUACCUGAAUGUGCCCCCCGCGAGGCAGUUGGUGCUGGAAGGACAAACCCAAUCGCAGUACGUGUUUCAUCGGCCGUUGAACCAACUCUUUGCCCCAUUCUUCCAGGCAGGUCUCGCUCUGGAUGCACUCGAGGAGACCAAUUUCGACGAAAGCUUUCGUGAUCCCCUCCGUGAACACGCAGCGAGGAAUUUUACCGAAUUCCCGAAAAUCCUUGGCUUCAGGAUGAGGCCGGUCUGA